AUGGAGGCGCGCUCCAAGGUCACCCUGCCUUCGUCCAAGCGGAAGACGUCCGCCGCCAGUGUCCUCAAGGACGGAGCAGACAUUCUGGUCAGCCACAGGGAAGUGGACUACGUGCUGGUGUACGAGUGCGACGACCUCGACGGCCACUACUCGGGCGAGCUGGAGCUGAACCGGCACUACCGGGAACUAUACGAGUCGGCCAUGAGGGCCGAGGGUCUGCUGCUCGACCAGGAGUUCAUCGGCGACUACGUGUUCCUCAAGGUCCACUGCCCGUUCCAGAGGCUCUGCCAGGAGGCGGAAAACGUGCGCCUGGACCUGCCCCUAGAUGGCCUGCUCAUAGAAGACAACGAAGAAGACGAAGAGCAGCAAUGGAUUCACGAGAAAGUGGCAGCCAUGUUUGACAUGGGGGUUCAUUCUCGAACGCUCAGCGCGCCGUUCCAGUGCAAGUGUAUGGACUGGUUUAUCGGCGUGAGGGACAAAGCAAGCUACUUCCGGUCAGCGCUACGCUGCCUCCUGACUCAUCACGUCCUAACCAACAUAGACAUUGCCAAAAGUGAAAAUGAAAACCCCGUGGAAUUCCAUCGGAAAAAAGGUCUCUCGUACCUGCUCAUGAAGAACGUGUACCUCGACGCCUUCGUGAUGCACGACCGGUCGGUCCUGGAGCCGGUCUACGUCCCGGGCGAACCGACCAGCACCGUCACCGGGCAGUCUCUGUCCGCGCUCAAGGUGACCGACAGCGUGAACCACCUUGACGACCGGCAGAGGGACAGAGACUACGGUUCCGGUCGGACCGUGAAGGACACGAGGACCUCGCUGGACAGUCACUGGCGCAAGCUGAUGGGCGGCCAGCCGCUGGACAGCAUCAGGGACUACUUCGGAGAGAAGAUAUCCUUCUACUUCGCCUGGGUGGGGACCUUCAUCGCGUCUCUUGUCGUGCCGGCGGUCAUCGGGCUCGGAGUCUUUUUCUUCGGCGUCAUCGAGAAGGUGAGCAACGACAAGGAUCUGCUUCUAAAAAACGACUCCAAUGCCAUCAAUUACACGGACGUCAACGCCAUCAUCUACACCGUGGACGUCAUCAAGGCUGCCGGCGACACGUUCCUCACACCAUUCUUUGCCUUCACAGUCUGCCUCUGGGGCACAGUGUUUCUCGAAAUCUGGAAGCGGCGGCAGGCGUCCCUGGCACACCGCUGGAACGUGGACCACUUCUCAGCCGAGGAGCCCGACCGGCCCCAGUUCUACGGCAGCGUCGCCAUCAGGGACCCCAUCACAGGGGACCUCACCUGGCACUACCCCAUGAUUCGCCGACUGGCCAAAUACUGCUGCUCAGUGGGAUUCUUCAUCAUGAUGUCUAUCGUGGUACUUAUCAGCGUGCUGGCAGUUACACUGUACCAGGUGUACAUGUACAACGCGUACUGCAACGGCGAAACCACCUGCGAGGUCAUGCACGGAUCCAUCGUCGCACCCAUCCUCAACACCCUCUCCAUCAUGGUCCUCGGAAAGAUUUACUCUUACGCCGCUGUGAGACUGACCGAAUGGGAGAACCACCGAACGCGGAGCAUGUACAACGACGCUCUGGUCAUCAAGCUCUUCGCCUUCCAAUUCACCAACACCUACGCUUCGUUAUUUUACACUGCCUUUUUCAGGGAGGCUCCCUAUUACCUGACGCAGGGCCGGUCCGGACUGUUCGGGCUCGGCGACCAGUUCAAGGACAGAUGCGGCCAUCCUGGUAGGGACACCUGCAUGUCCAUGCUCUCCCUCCAACUGCUCAUCUUGAUGAUCGUCAAGCCCUUUCCCAAGUUCUGCUACGACGUCGUCUGGCCGCUCAUCAAGAAGGUGCUCCGCAAAUGGGGCAUCAUGUACAGGGUGUCCGACGAGAAAGUGUCCGAUCAACACCACCUCCUCCGGGAACUGUACAAGCAAGAGGACGCCGAGUUUAGGAGGGACGAGUUCGCCGAAAAGAUCAUCCAGUACGGCUACCUCAUGUUAUUCGCGGCUUCCUUUCCGCUGGCACCCCUGCUGGCGCUGCUGUACAACAUGUUCGAUCUCCGCAUCGACGCCAAUCGUCUGCUAUGGCUCAACAGAAGACCAGUGGCCUUCAGGGAUGACGACAUCGGGAUGUGGUUCCACCUGUUCGGCUUCAUCAACGCGUGCGGCGUUGUGAGCAACGCCUUUCUCAUCGCGUUCACGUCCACGUUCGGCAAGAACCUCAAGAACGACUACAGACGCUUCAUCUUCAUAAUUGCCUUCGAGCACCUCGUGUUCGGCGUCAAGUUCAUCCUGACCCUGGCCAUCCCAGACACUCCGACAGCAGUCAAGAAUGCCAAACUCAAGGAGCGCCAGCUCCUGUCCCACAUGAUGUCCAAGGUGGCCACCCUCCAGGACAAACUGCUGUCCGGUUCUGGCGCGACCACGUCCUUCCAGGGCAGCGCGGCGGACGUGGCCGCCCAAGUGAGACGCAAGCUGUCCAUGACGCGAGAAGAAUGA